AUGAGUGCCGAGCUUCAGUUACAGGCGAAGGAACUGAAUGGGCCCGAAACAGUACACCAUCCUCAGGAAGCCAACAAUAGUGAAUCCAUUCAUACCGUUCAUGACAAUGUUGUUUAUUUCUCUGGUGAAUUUCAUUGUGUUGAGUUCGAAUAUGCUGUUCAUGUUAAUAAAGUUGAGUUGGCCCGCACUACCAAUGUGAAAGGGAAGCUGAAGGAGAGAAUUGCAGUCUGGCAAAGCAUUGGAGCUAGCAGGUGGGUGCUUGAAGUGCUUGAGGAUGGUUAUUGUUUACCUUUUAUUUCGCUGCCACAGAAAGCGUUCUUUAGGAAUCAUUAUAGUGUUGUUGAAGAUGAAGAUUGUUUGUCAAGAGGUGUCCAAGUUACUUAG